AUGUCAAAUUCUAAUCAGCAAAGACCUUAUGAAGAAGAAAAUUACCCUAUUUCACCUGAAAUAAUAUACUAUGCGCCUAAUUAUUUUCCUAUACCUGAUAAUUAUACUAUUAAAACUACCUGGGGUCGGGCUAAUAACAGCUGUACUAUUCAAUGUUCUAUUUAUUAUGUAGAAAAAAAACCUCAUUACUUAAUUUGUUUUGGAGAUAAUUUACAAUAUCAAGUUUUUCAGCUCAAUCACCAUUUGAUGCUUCUGUUGAACUACACAAAGAGAACUGCUGUUUCUGGUGUUCAUCUUUUUGGACUUCAAUUAAAAUGCAUUAAUAGAAAUCACAAAGGUAGACCACGUGAAUUGAAACUUCAUAAAGAAUCAAGCAAAACUACACAAAUUAAACGUGCAAAAGGUCUUGCAAAAAAAGAACAGGUGCACUUUGAAAAUACAAUUAAAGAUUUUUACAAUCCCAAAGAUCGUGUAUUUUUAAAGGCUUUAGAUUUUACUGUAGAAAAUAAAGAAUACCAUGUAAAAUUUGGUAAUGAGAAUUAUGUUAAAAAAAAACAAAAAUUGCAAUCAAUUGCAUAUGUACAAGACAAAUUAAAUUCUACCAUUGUGCAAGAAGGACCUUCAGAAAAACCUUAUAUAACUGAUCCAUUGAUUAUUGAACAAGUUAUUAAUGCAACUGGAAAAGAUGCUUACCGAAGUGUUAAAAAAAUUCUUGAAUAUAUAAUACCAUCAUAUGUUGAAAAAGGAAUAUUAGAUCCUGCAAUACCAACUAUUUAUCUUCGAAUAUCUGGAAGUGAAAAUUAUCCAACUCUAAAAGUUGCAGCAAAUGCUCUUACUCAGGAAUUGCAAGAACUGAGUAAUAGUGAUGACAUUUUGGAUAACAUAUUACAUACUGAAGGAAGUUCUCAAAAAACUUCACCACUAUGGAAUUAUUCAAGUAAUACUACUAUUGAACGGCAUCUUUUAAAUAAGCAUAACAUAAUAAUUCCAAAGGUCAGAAAGCAAACAACAUUAAAUUUCAAAUGUACAGACCCUUGGCCUGCAAAAGAAAAAUUUGAGCGAGAUAAAGCAGUUGUUAUUUGGAUUAGGCUGGAUCAAAUUGAUAAUCUGUUUAACAUUAUCACAAGAUUUAAAAACCGGGAGGCUUAA